AUGAUUUUUUUUGGACUCUUGGCUUUGCUGAUUCUGCCAAGUACGGCUCUCAGCACCAGUUUUUCUGAUGAAACCAUUGCAGAAUUUUCUGUGAAUGUGUAUAAUCAUCUGCGGGCCACUGGGGAAGAUGAGAAUAUUCUCUUCUCUCCUUUGAGUAUUGCCAUCGCAAUGGGAAUGGUGGAACUGGGAGCCCAUGGGUCCACCCUGAAGGAAAUCCGUCACGCUAUGGGAUAUGAAGGCUUGAAAGAUGGGGAAGAAUUUUCCUUCUUGAAGGACCUCUCUGACAUGAAAACCACUGAGGAGAACCACUAUGUGAUGAAAAUGGCCAAUUCCCUCUUGGUGCAAAAUGGAUUCCAUGUGAACGAACAAUUCCUGCAGAUGAUGAAAAAAUACUUUCAAGCCGAAGUUGAGCAUGUAGAUUUCACUCAAAAUGAGGCAGUGGCCAGUCACAUCAACAAAUGGGUGGAGAACCACACCAAUAGUCAAGUGAAAGAUUUGGUAUCAGCAAGAGACUUUAGCACCUUGACUUACUUGGCCCUCAUCAACGCCAUCUACUUUAAAGGGAAUUGGAAGUCACAAUUUAGACCUGAAAACACGAGGACCUUCUCCUUCACUAAAGAUGAUGAAAGUGAAGCUCAGAUUCCAAUGAUGUACCAACAAGGAGAAUUUUAUUAUGGGGAAUUUAGUGAUGGCUCCAAUGAGGCAGGCGGCAUCUAUCAAGUUCUGGAAAUACCCUAUGAAGGGGAUGAAAUAAGCAUGAUGCUGGUCCUCUCCAGACAAGAAGUCCCACUAGCCACUCUGGAGCCAUUAGUGAAACCUCAGCUGAUUGAAGAAUGGGCCAAUUCUGUGAAGAAGCAGAAAGUGGAAGUGUAUCUCCCAAGGUGA